AUGGCGUCAUCGCCUUGUAGAGCGAAGCACCGCUGCUGCGGCUUCCUAGGCAUAGCCUUGGCCUUCUUCCUUGCGGUGGAGAUGGCGGCGGCGGGCAUCUGCAGCGAGAUCGAGCUCCUAUGGGGCGCGGAUCGGACCUACUGCUUCAUGGACGGCGACACCGAGGUGCAGGCAAUGUCCCUCGACAAAUCCCAGGGCUCCACCUUCAAGUCCAACCAAAUGUACCUCUUCGCACGCAUCGACGUCGACAUCAAACUCGUCGAGGGCGACUCCGCCGGCACAGUCUGCACCAUCUACACCAUCUCCGAGGAGGAUUGGGACAACCACGACGAGAUCGACUUCGAGUUCCUCGGCAACUCCACCGGCGAGCCUUACACGCUCCACACCAACAUAUUCGCCGGCGGCAAGGGCGGCCGGGAGAUGCAGUUCAGGCUCUGGUUCGACGCCGCCGCAGACUUCCACACAUACACCAUCAUCUGGAACCCCAGGCGCAUCAUCAUCCAGGUGGACGGGAAGACGAUCCGGUCGUUCGACAACAACGAGGACCAGGGGGUGCCGUUCCCGUCGUGGCGGCAGCAGCGGGUGUACGGGAGCCUGUGGAGCGCCGAGGACUGGGCGACGCAGGGCGGGCGGAUCAAGACGGACUGGUCGCAGUCGCCCUUCGUCUCCUACUACAAGAACUACAAUGUCACCUGGUGCCGCCCCUCGCCCGGCGUGGCCUGGUGCGGCGACGAGCCCGCCGACUCCACCCUCUUCAACCUCAGCCAGCAGGACCUGAUCGACCUGCAGUGGGUGCGCGACAACGGAUGCGUCAUCUACGACUACUGCGCCGAUACCGUCAGGUUCAACGCCACCACCAUGCCCAAGGAGUGCAAGCUACCCCGCAAACCCUGA